AUGUGGCGCAAACGAGACGUCAGUUGUGCAGCUGUGUGCGCACUUCUAGUUGCGCUCCUCUUGACGCAAACAGAGGCUUCGAGUUUGAGAAAAACUGAAAGAAAAGAAGCGACAGAGACUACAAGCAUCCGAAAAGGAAUCAUCGUGUUUGGAGAAGGCCCUAAUAAUAUUUCCUUGGAUGGUGACACCGCCUCUUACCAAGCCGACUCUCCAGGAAUUCUAAACCAUUGGCAUCAGAUGCACGCGUCACUGGGGUGUGGACAAGCAGGUUUUAUGAAAUUCAAAGCUUUUGGACCGCUGGUAAAGCACUUUUCACUGGGCCAGCAGCCUCAAUCCUGUCAGUACAAUGCUCAUAGAACUCCGUUUGGCUACGCCGUGACUAUUCCCUUUAAAGGGUGUUGUCUUGUUUAUGAGCCACCUACUACCCCGUCCACCAAGGCUCAAGGACAUCUGCCUCACAAACAUAUAGAAGUUUCCUUGCUGCAGCAACAUUUAACAAAGGUUUGA